AACUGCGAUUACACUUGGUCGCAGUUUGGUGUUGUGAUUUAGCGUGUCAUGAAGCUCUACCCUUAUAGCUUCAAGCAUCUCAAGAACAUGCACAAGGUGUUGCUUCACCGCUAUGAGGGGCCAUUCCCUAUCAGGAAAAGGAUUGGCAAGGUGGCAUACAAGGUGGAGGUGUCGCCGCACUUGGAGAUCCAUAUGGUCUUUCAUGUGAGCCAGCUCAAGGCUGUUAACAAAGACAAGGAGGACGAGAGGCGGGCAGAGUCACAUCGCGCACCAACACUCGUCACCAAGACACAUGACCAUGAAGUCAAAGAGAUCAUCGCAGUACUUGGUCAAGUGGCGCAACGUGCCAGAGAGCUAAGCAACUUGGAAGAACGAGCUCACCCUUUGAAAGAAAAAUGACUUGAUUGAGGCUUUCCAUCAAGAGGACGCGACGAGGGCGUUGCGAGAAUAGGUCCAAUUGUACACAUUUUACCCUACAUUUCUUGAUAUUUUGGCUUUGCAUUUCAUCGUCCCUCGACAUAUUUCACGCUAGGUUGUGCUUGUUUUGAUACAUUUCAGGUCCUAGCAUGUGUGGAAGGAUCGAGGAUGAGUUUUGGGACGAUUGGAGGUCGAAAAGCACAAAAACCCAAGAAAAGUCACUGUGACCGUGAAGCGCAGGCGUCCAGGAACCAGCCGCAGUUCACGGUCUCUAGGACUGUAAACUGGAACCACAAACCGUGAACCUUGAAGCGUCCAGAGGGGUUUCAGAGGUUACUGACGCCAAGGCAGUUCAAGUUCGCUAAGACCGUGAACCCCCAGAAGUGAAGGGGCGCGUUUUGAUCACAGUUCACAGAGUUCACGGACGCGGCCUGAUGUUCACGACCGUGAACUGGGCGCGACUGGGUAUAAAUAGAUAGUGAGAGA